AAUAAGUGUAGAGGGCGUGUAGUACGGCACUGAUUGUAAAGCGAACCUAUUGUUAAUAAAGACAUAAUAAAAUCUUUUUUUCUCAAUUACAUUGAAUUUAUGAAGUUAAAAUAUGUCGGAUAGUUCGGAUGAGGAAUUAAUCGGUGGAGACGGAGCUGAAAAAUGGGUUUUAUAUCGAGAUCGUGAUGAAUGGAAUGAUGUGACACCUUUGCCACAAGAUGAUGGUCCAAAUCCAAUUGUUGCUAUUGCUUAUUCUGAAAAAUUUAAAGAUUCAUAUGAUUACUUUCGAGCAAUUUUAAAAUCUGGAGAGAAAUCAGAACGUGCUUUAGGAUUGACAGAAGAUUGUAUUUGGUUGAAUCCUGCAAAUUACACAGUAUGGCAAUUCAGAAGGGAAAUACUUAAAUCUUUGGGAAAAGAUUUAAAAGAAGAAUUAAAAUAUAUAGAUAAAAUUAUAAAAUAUAAUUCCAAGAACUAUCAAGUUUGGUAUCAUAGAAAAGUUAUUGUGGAAUGGCUGCAAGAUGCUUCAGAAGAGUUGGAAUUUACUAAAGUUAUUUUAAAAAAAGAUGCAAAAAAUUAUCAUGCUUGGCAACAUCGUCAAUGGUGCAUUAAAACAUUUAAUUUAUACGACAAAGAGUUGGAAUACGUAGAACAAUUAUUAAAUGAGGAUGUUAGAAAUAAUUCAGCAUGGAAUCAACGUUAUUUUGUUAUAAGUAAUACAACCAAGUUUGAAUCAAAUGUAAUCGACAAAGAAGUUGAUUUUGCUUUGGAAAAAGUUUCAUUAGUCAAAGGGAAUGAAAGUGCCUGGAAUUAUCUUAGAGGUAUACUUAUGCACGAUAGUGCCGGUUUAACUCGUAACGACAAAGUACGUAAAAAAUGUGUAGAACUUUAUGAGGCAGGAUAUCGGACCAAUCAUUUAUUAGCCUGUAUCAUCGAUAUUUGCCUGGACAGUUGUAUAAACGACGAAUCAUCUGAAUCAAUAUUUCACAUCAGCAAUGCUCUAAAGCUGUGCAAAGAGCUAUCUGAAAAUCACGAUAAGAUCAGGAAACGAUAUUGGGAUUAUAUUGGCCAGCAAUUAUUACAGAAGUUAGAAACAGUGUCGUAAUAUUUUUUUAACUCGAAACAAUGGCUUCUUAAAAGUCUCAUAUAAGUCUUUGUCAAAUGGUUCUAGUAUUUGAACUUUCAUACAUUGACUUUUAUCUUUAAUAAUGCUAAGAUGUAUAUAUUAAGGAAAGAUUUAACGAUUAUAAGGUAAUCUUAUUUUACACGAUAUAACUUAAGAUUUCUUAUGUUUCUGAAAAUACUAUAAUUUUUUAUUUUCACGGAAUAAAAAGAUGUAAUAACCCUAAGCUAUAUAAAAAGUUUGUAUUUUUAGAAAUAUAAUAAUUCAAUCGAGAGACCUUGUAAAAAUGGAAAAUGGAAUCUUUAGGAGAAAGAAUAAUGUGCAAUGACGAA